UGGCGCUCUGUUCCUUCCAGUGUGCAAUCGCUACGCGCAGCGCUGCAUGGUUUAUAUCAAAAGGCCACCAUGUUAGAUUCUGACGUGGGACUCUUAGGAGUCUGAUGAAUUUGGGCAGACAUCAAGUUCAAUGCCUAUUAACUCGCAGGUUGCUACUACCCCGAAACUAACGCCAGGGCCAACAGGAAGGUGCAAUCGAGCCGACAUACAUGAAAGCUUCGGGAAGUCAAUGCAAGGAGACUGUUCAUCACUACCAUGACAGCUGGUAUUUGACGAGCUUCCCGUUGCUCUGCACCAAUACUUCCUCGACAGAUUUUUAUUUUGUCAACCUUGACUUCAAACUUCUAUAUCGAUACUGGUGCUCUACAUUCCGAACUUGAAAGACUAGAACCAGCUGCCAGACAACACUCAUGGCAACGGCGAGAUCGCGAAUCUGCCAUAUCUGCAGCGCCACCACAUGCUCCCGGAACUUCUGCCAAUCGUGCGGCCACGCUCUGUGCCCAACUUGCGUAUGCAAGAUCCCCGCCGACGCCGCAGACACGCACAAAGCCUUCGUCUCCAACGACUACUCUCACCCAGCCAUGGAGGGCGGAGUCGAAUAUAUAAGCCACGACAGGACGCCACCCGGCGAACCCACUGCUGUCGAAUAUGCCUCUACAGCACGGUCUAUACUCGCCAGUGCUGAGGAUCUACGGUCACGAAAUCCGGCGGGUGGUGGUGAACGCCUGGCGCCAAAGUUCUAUUUCUUGCCUUGGUUUAACCCCACAAAACAGCUUAGCGGCAGCGUUUCCAACAACCCCUUUAUCUUGGCCGACCAGAAGAAAGCUCGGCUAUCGGCGCAGGUCGAGUCGACGCCGGACAUAAGUGAGCGCGCCGCGGCUUCCGAGUCACGGCAUAUGUCGAGAUGGCAUGGCACCGAUGCUGAACCGCUGGCGGAAACGCUGCGCAAGUAUCAGCAUAGGCACGAAGAGAAGCACAAAGUCGAGGACGGUGAUCAGGGGCGCUGGUUGUUUACUCCCGAAACUAUCGAGAUCCGAUCCAAGCUCUCACCACCUAUUCAUCCCAAGGCACCGGCACAGACGAUGAGGCCGCGGCAUGAGGAAUGGGGGUACAUUCAAGGCGCUGGUGACGAAAACAUACCUGGAAGCAGUGGCAUCCUUACGGAGCCUGGCCUCAUCAGGAGGCCGGACAGUGAGCAGUCUCCGGAGAUGCUGCUCAGAAAGACCUCGCGAGGGUUCGUGCCUGUUGAUUCCAGGUCACAAUCUUACUGCAGCGUUGACGAGCAACCGCUUUUGGAGGAUGAAGCAUCAGCAGACCACACGCCUGAGAAUGAGAUGGUACUAACAGAGAAGGUCGAUAGUCCUGUCAGGGGUGUCGACGUCACAUCUUUUAUCAACAGUAACACUGCCCUGACGUGGCUCCAGAGUGGAAACGAUCAUACGACAGAUCCCUCACCGGUUGAGAGCUUCACCACAGCCUUCCAGAUCCAUCCCAAUCCCAGAUUUCUGGGGAAGCGUCAUAGUCCCGCGUCGUCUGAAACCAGAAUCCGUCGCGAGGUAGACAGCAUCAGUAUGCGGAGAAGGUCCAAGGGCCCGGGCUAUCCCGAAACUUCUCUUGCACCUUCGAUUGGCGUCCGUAGCCGUCAGGAUACACAGGCAACUGUUCGAAUCGCUAGCAAAGGCAGAGACACACUCGAGAGCUGUGGCGCCGAGCCGUCUUUAGUGAGCGCCCAGAUGGAUCGCAAGCAGCGUCUCCAGCAGGCGCGGGAGCAAAUCUAUGCGUUGGAUCAGAGCUUCCAAGAACUUCAGCGGGCCAUUGAGCUGCGGAGCAAAGAGGCGUCGAGGGGCUACGAUGAGAUUUCGGACGAGAGUGGACGACAGGCCUCGGGAAAGACGCCCGAGAGGGAGCGACUAAUGCCUGCUGCAUUGAAUUCUGGUUUUGGUCGAGGCAGGCAGCAUUUGACUCCUGAGAUUGAGCCAGAGCAGCGGUCUGCUGCAAUCGAGAAAGUCAGAUUUGAGAAACAGCUCGAGGCAAUCCGUCGACAGCAGCAGCAUCACACGAUGGACAAGGCAACAGCAGUUGGUGACGAGAUAGACGACGCUUACUACGACGACAACCACGAGUGCAUCUGGAAGGCCCGAUACCUGGCUCUCAGUACUGAGGUGCACCAGCUGCGGGAAAUGAUGUCAGAAAGGCAGUCACUGUCGUCCGCUUCGGCCAGGGCCGUCGCCAGUGGGAUUGAGGAUACGGAUAGUAACUUUGGGCUGGAGGGUCUGACCAUUGUCAUGCACUUGAAAGGGAAGGAUGAUUUGGUCAUCAAUACCGACUUGAGAGAGAGAUGAUGCUUGUAUUAGUAUUUUACCCCGGAGCUGAUUCCAUGGCCUAAUAAUUUGUUUCAUUCAUAAUAAUAUAGUCUGUUCAAAGGAAACGGGCACCAUAAUCCUACGUCAUCAUUACAUCUCUCAUAACGGAGAGAUAUUAGUCUUAGUAAAUGUAAUUUUAG